AUGGAGGAAGAAGUAAUGAAUGUUAUAACAAUUGAAGACUAUAAGAGCACAUAUUGGCCAAAGUUGGACAGUGCCAUAGAUCAGCUUUUAACUCAGAGUCCUGGUGACUACAUCCCUAUCUCCUAUGAACAAAUAUACAGUUGUGUGUAUAAGUGUGUAUGCCAGCAGCAUUCGGAACAGAUGUAUAGUGACCUAAUAAAAAAGAUAACUAACCACUUAGAGAGAGUCUCAAAGGAGCUGCAGGCCAGCCCUCCAGAUCUCUAUAUUGAAAGAUUUAACGUAGCUCUUGGACAGUAUAUGGGAGCAUUGCAGAGCAUUGUGCCUCUUUUCAUAUAUAUGAAUAAAUUUUACAUAGAAACCAAGCUUAACAGAGACUUAAAAGAUGACCUUAUAAAGCUGUUUACGGAACAUGUUGCAGAAAAGCACAUUUACAACCUAAUGCCUUUACUUUUGGAAGCUCAGUCAACGCCGUUUCAAAUAACUCCUUCAACCAUGGCAAAUAUUGUGAAAGGCCUGUAUACACUACGACCAG